CGUCACAGUCUCCCAGCUUAGUCCGUCCUACAAGUACAGAACGACGGUUCACAGGGAAAAGUGGACAAGUUGCUGCAUGGAUUUACGGUAGUCGCGUAGCCUACAAGGAAGUGAAUGGUCAAAACUACAUUACUGAAAAAGGAUCAAAAGGUUAAAGAGCUCCAGUUCCUGACAGAGGAGUGUUUCUUGUUACCACGACCACGACUGCCUGCACACAAAGGCCUCUUUCCAACUAAAGGCCAGUCAAAUCCAUAAUGCAGAGACCAGGAUGGACCCUCCAGGUCAUCUGAGACUGUGCCUGUGUGUCCCUGCUGUCCCCCUCAGACGGCCUCCACCUCGCUCCACCCCAGCCUCAGGAUCCGCCCCAGCCUCAGCCCCUGUCCCUGCCCUCCACAGAGGCUGGGCGGAGGGCUCCAGCGAGCGGUGGAGAGCUCCUCACUAUGCCUGGAUGGAGGUCUCAGUGGCGUCUCGUCCUGCUGAACUCCCUGACCUGCGGCCUGGAGAUCUGCGUGGCGGCUGGGAUCACCUACGUGCCUCCUCUCCUGCUGGAAGCAGGGGUGGAGGAACAAUACAUGACUAUGGUGCUAGGUAUCGGCCCGGUGCUGGGUCUGUUAUUCAUACCUCUUAUUGGCUCGGCCAGUGACCAGUGCAACAGCAGCUACGGUCGGCGGCGCCCCUUCAUCUGGCUUCUGUCCCUGGGCGUGUUGCUAGCGCUGCUCAUCAUCCCCCAUGCCGACUUCCUGUCCGCCCACUUCUCCUGGGGGGGCCGCCCCCUCCAGGUGGGCUUCCUCAUCCUGGGAGUGGGCCUGCUGGACUUCUGCGGACAGGUGUGCUUCACGCCGCUGGAAGCGCUGCUGUCGGACCUGUACCGGGAUGAGGAGGACUGCAGUCAGGCGUUUGCCAUGUUCUCCUUCAUGGUGAGCCUGGGGGGCUGUGUGGGGUACCUUCUCCCCGCCCUCGACUGGAGCCGCGGCCUGCUGUCUGUCUACCUGGGAGGCCAGGCCGACUGCCUCUUCUUCCUCCUCAUCCUCAUCUUCAUCACCAGCGUGCUCAUCACCAUGAAGGUGUCGCAGGAAGAGGAAGCGGCGGUGGUUGGCAGCGGGACGACGGCGAUGGCGACGACGGCGACGACGGCCAUCUUGGAUCCGGGGCCCCCAGACUCGGCGCGCUGCGUGCCGCGCUCCUGCUGCUACAUGCUAAAGUGCAAGCUCCGCCUCCUGAAGUGGGGGCCCCUGCUGUGUCUGGUCAGGAGCUGCUGGUCUAUGACGCCCGCCAUCUACCGCAGCUACUGCCACGUGCCGCGUGUCAUGCGGCGCCUGUGCGCCUCGCAGCUGUGCAGCUGGAUGGCCGUCAUGUCUUUCAUGCUCUUCUACACGGACUUCGUAGGGGAGGGCUUGUACGAAGGCGUGCCCAGUGCGGUCCCAGGGACCGCAGCCAGGCAGCGCUACGACGAAGGUAUCCGUGUGGGCAGCCUGGGCCUGUUCCUCCAGUGUGCUACCUCAACCUUCUUCUCCCUGGUCAUGAGUCGACUGGUCCGUCGGUUCGGUUCUCGCCAGGUCUACCUGAGCAGUAUGGUGAGCUUCACGGCGUCCACCCUGGUCAUCUGCCUGUCGAAGAGCGUGGUCCUCGUCACCCUCAUGUCAGCCCUGACCGGCUACGCCUACGCUACCCUGCAGACACUGCCAUACACCCUCACCUGCUACUACCACAAGGAGGAGGAGGUUUACAUGCCAAAAAAGAAAACCAAAAGCGGGCUUAAAAAUGGCAUUGCAAUACAGAGAGACACUGUGCAUUUGACCUCCAUGGAUGAAGAGGAAGGGUUGAACCACAAACUAGGAGGCAACGGCCACGUCUUUUCCGACUACUCCACCCCUCUGCACGGCCAGAAUGGUUCGUCCCACAGCAUCGCCGGCCUUGAGGCGGAGGAAGCGGAGGUUGGGGAGAGACGCGGAGUGGGCCUUGACUUUGCCAUAUUGGACAGCACCUUCCUCCUCUCUCAGGUCUUCCCCACUCUGUUCAUGGGCAUGCUCGUCCAGUUCACUGCCUCUGUCACCACCUAUAUGGCCAGCUCGGCCAUAUUCGGUGCCAUCGCCAUCUAUCUGGCCAAUCAUAUCGUCUUUGACCAAAAAGACCUCAAGAGCUGAGAGAGAGACAGAGAGAGAGAGAGACCAGGGGAAUGGAGUAGCACACUCCACAAUGCACUACAGGUCCCAGCAUGCCUUAGUGCAGGGUUGCUGUUGCCCUAGAAACCAGGGUGAAUUGUGUGUGUGCGUGUGUGUUGAUAGAUGUGUCUAUGACAGAACUCAAGGAAAGUGGAAGGAUGCCUGGAGUUUAGACCCAACCACUUGUUGCUUUAAAAGAGAUGUCUGGCAUUAGCUCACUCCAGUGCCCCACUCUGCCCUCACUGCCCUCACUCUGCCAGUCAGUUUCUGUCUGCUAUUCUCCUCAGGUACAGCCAGCCAAUCAGCAUGCUCGUCCUAUAGCCACCUCAGUUGACAGGAAGUCUGGUCUUUAAGGAGGUUUAUUUCCACACACUUUACCACUGAGCUAUACCAUUCCCUCCCAGGAGUAAAGAACUGUUGUAGUUUUGGAUCUCGAUACAUAUAAUAGAAUCUCUCUUGCAAUAGCAACCUGCAUGGGUGAGGUGCCCAUCUGUGUCACCGUAGCGACAGCAUGAGCCUUCCCCACUGCCAAUCAAACGUCAAUCAAGGAAGGUCAUCAAGUUUACAUCAUCCUAUCACAUGACAGUCCUCUCUCUGUGUCACCCUGUGUCAUGAGUACGCAUGUUCUACAGCGGCUGUCAUCUUAAAAGACAGCCGAGGUCACGGCCUCCCAUGCUGGGGUUAUGUUGGAGGGGGUACUAAUGUUGGUAACCACAACUUUCUUCUUACCUUGUGCAACAAGACCUAAAUGAGAUUCUAGCAACACCGCGGAACUAAAAGGAGCUUUUGAAAAUGGCGGUGUGGGGGAGCAGUGACAGUAAUCAGAUCUUUAAUGUUUCUAAACUCUACAUUGACAGUCCCACACAUUUCUCUUAAAGAUCCAAAACGUGAUUUGUGUUCUGUUGUUGUGCAUAUGGAUGUGUGUGCGUGUGUGUGUAAUCCUGUGUGUGUUUGAUAAAGACAGACACAUACAGAGAGAUGCCUUUGGGAUGCUGUGUGGGUCAGCUAGCUAUCGAACACUGCAAACAGCUGGGAGAAGCUCCAUACUGGUCAGGUCUCAUAAUGCUGUAGAGCAAAUAUAUAGUGGCCUUCAUUUAUUUUUGGGGAACUUCGGGUUUGUCUGUAAAAUGCUGGUUUUACUGAACAACAAUGUACUUUGUUUGGAUCUAUGUGUAUAUAACUGGUCUCCCUUUCAGAUAUGUUUUGUUUGUUAUGACGACUCUGCUUUAGGUAACAUUGACCUACAGUAUGUGACCUAUGCAAUGACGAGCCUGGGUUGGCGAGAUACGAGUUCUCCUCUUGCUCAUUUAUUCAGUGUGAUAGUUUGGUUGCCUCCUUCACCUGAGAAUUCUAGAUCGUAUUUGGUUGAUCACUAUUGAUGACCUACUGUAAACCAACCAGAAACAGGUUGGAAUCCAAUCUUUGGAGGUUUAUUAUUUUUCACAGUGAUCUCCUCCAUAUACGAGGAUGUGGAUUAAAAAAAAACAGAAAAAUGUCAGAAAAUGUUCAUUUUUGAAGUGCCUCUGCUGCUGCAGUCAGCUCUGUUUCAAAUCAGCGAAAUUCAGGAAGUGCAAAAGAUCGGGACUAGCUGCAGCUAUAGAAAAUGUUUUGCGAGGGAAUGCUUCUUAUUGAUCUAACAUGAAAGCUUUUAAAAUAGUUUGCCAAACUUAAAUUAAGGAAAGAUCAUUUCAGUUUAAAUGUAGAAUUGAACUGACCCCAACAUUGGACUCUACAUGUAAGAUUUUUUUUGUACAUAUAGUUAUUUAUUUUCCUUUUAGAAUAAAUCCUAAGCACAUAUUAAGGUAUAUUGCCUUUUUGUUGCAUCUGUCAUAGGUGUCCGGGCAAAAGCUAUUUCUGUGAAAAAUUAUAAAUUAUUAUUUUGUAUGGAUGUGAUAAAGAGCAUCUUUAACGCUGUAAUUUAUUUGACAACUCUGCUAUCAUGCAUUUCAUCUUUGAUAUUUCUCCUUUAUCUCAUUACGAUAGACUGAUGUCAAUUUCAAUACUAAAUAUACCUAAAUGUUUGGCUUUUUGUUUACUGGCAGUUUAUCAGGAUUGUUAUUGAAUACAUUUGAAAGCAGUUGAAACCCACUGUUGUUGUUUUGUUUUGUUAGUUUUAAACCAUCGUUUGUAUUUCCUCUGGUUUUACACCGUUUAAUUAAUUUGACCUAAGAGAACAUUUUCUCCCAGACGAUGCCAGGGCACGGGGCACACAACGUACACAACCCUGUGAUGUGGUCAGUCUGCCUCAUCAGUCUGCCUCAUCAGUCUGCCUCAUCACUCUAACCACUGAGUUCCUGUUGGGAGCGCCUCAGUUGUCUGCUUGCUGUUGCUCUUGUGCAUAAUAACCUUUGACUUUGAUUAGCAAUAGAGUGGGUGUCGUACUAUUCUGUGUUCAGAUGUCCUACUUGGGUUCAGCAUAAUAAGUGCCAGUAAGGGUCCCUUCAGUGAUCCAUUUUAGUUGUCUUAUAAUUAUGCUGGGAUGUAAAGACUGAAUCAGGGAUAUUUUCACUGAUGCCCAUUGUUAUAUUCAGCCUUCACAAAUUCUUUUUUUUUUAUUAUUUUAUUGUUAUUGUAAAUCCCUCAGAUGUAUCAUUGUCACAAAUAGAUUUUUAUACAAAAUAAAGGUAUUUCAUUGUAAAAGGCUUGUUGAAGAGUCG